AUGGCAAACAUUAGAACUUUGAGAGAAUUCUCAGUGCCCAUAGUUGAUGGUAGUGGUCCAAGUAUCACUAGGCCACCGGCUCAAGCCAACAAUUUUGAGAUAAAGCCGACUAUCAUUCAAAUGAUCCAACAAUCAGUACAGUUUGGGGGAAAUGCAAAUGAAGAUCCAAAUUCACAUAUUGCUAACUUUCUGGAGAUAUGCGACACCUUUAAAGCAAACAGAGUGUUAAAUGAUGCCAUCAGGUUGCUUCCAAAUGUGCAUACAAUGGUGGAUGUAGCAUUGCAAAAUAAGACAUCUGAAGCAACCUAUGAGUUACUUGAAGUCCUAGCAAGUAACAACUAUCAGAGACCUAAUGAGAGAAUUCAUUCGAAGAAGUCUAUGGGUGUUCAUGAAGUUGAUGCUUACAUGGCCAAUUCAGCCUAA